CGGGUGCGCGGGGCAGGCGGAAGGGUUGGGCCGAGCGGGGCGUCUAAGGACUGAGCGGCCCCCGGCGCCGCAACCGGACCCUCCUUUUGUGUCCUGCGCCCCCGCCCGGCGCCAUGGAGGCCGCGCUGCUGAGCUUCUGCAACUGGAGCACGCUGGCCGUGUGCGCCGCGCUCAAGCUGCCGCAGAUCUCCGCUGUGCUGGCGGCGCGCAGCGCGCGAGGCAUCAGCCUCUCGAGUUUGCUGCUGGAGCUGGCGGGGUUCCUGGUGUUCCUCCGGUACCAGUGUCACUACGGGUACCCGCCGCUGACCUACCUGGAGUGCCCCAUCGUCAUCGCCCAAGACGUCAUCCUCCUGCUCUGCGUCUUUCACUUCAAUGGGAACGUGAAACAGGCCGCACCCUACAUCGCUGUACUGGUGUGUUCUUGGUUCACCCUCACCCUGCAGAAGUGGAUCAUAGACCUGGCCAUGAAUUUAUGUACUUUCAUCAGUGCGGCCAGUAAGUUUGCGCAGCUCCAGUGUCUGUGGAGGACGAGAGACUCGGGAGCUGUGAGCGCGCUGACCUGGAGCCUCUCCGCCUACACCUGUGCAACAAGAAUAGUAACAACCUUAAUGACCACCAAUGAUUUUACAAUUCUUAUACGUUUUGUGAUCAUGCUGGCUUUAAAUAUAUGGGUAACAGCCACAGUACUUCGCUACCGGAAGACCGUUAUAAAGACUGAAUGAUGGAUUUAUUAUUCCUGCACACAAAGUGGAUUUUGAAUAACUGAACCAAAGGGAAAAAGAAGCUCCUUGCUAAAUUGAGGUCUUUUAUAAAUUUAGUCAAUCAUUUCUGAAUCUUUGAAGCCAAAGGCUUUUUUAGACUUGAAAGAGCCACUUAAACACUUGUUUAAACGUCAAUUUCCCUUCCCCACUUCUAGGUUAUGGUAGGGAUCAGACAUCUGCAGUUUUGAGAAGGCUGGUGACUGACGGAAGUCAUCCAAGAAGCCCAUUUGAGCAGACCACUUUCACCCUUACUCUUGAAGUUAUGAUUAAGUUCUCUCCGAAAAGCUAACUGCAUCUAUUUUUCAACUUUCAGAACCUUUUAAGAAACAAAUCCUCUCCAUGAGUGGGAGUAAAUGGAGUGGGAUUUUGCUCAAAGUCAUAAAUGGAACUGUAAUAAAUUACUAGGGUUCACUUUCUGGGACUAAAGUUUAAUUGUAACAUAGAUAUAACAGGACAGCCUUGUAUGUCAUAAUACGGUACAACACCUGCUUAGCUCUAGCAAGGAUAUCAAGGGAAGCACAAAUAUAAUUGGCUUGAGUUUGUAUACCAAAAUAGUCCUUUAACUUAACACUGUGCCUUAAGUAAUUCCUACCAAAAGGUAUUUACUGUUAGCUGCAAUCUCUACUUAUGAAGAGGAAAUCCUAACAAAUUUUUUGAUUCAAGCACAAUGCUGCCUUUUAAAAAUGGCCACACCUAUGCAAUUCCCAUUAUUGGAAUUUGGCAUAAAAUGCCAGGUUUUAUCUAUUGAAAACAUAUAAAGAGUACUGCUAGUUUCUGCCCAGUUCUGAUAGAUUUUAUUCUCGUUAUAGUAUCUUAUCCUAAACAUGUUAGGAUUAUGUAUGCACUGUAUUUUCAUACAAAAAUAUAAACCUUAACAUUUAAAAAUUCACUUUCUAUCCGGGUGCAGUGGCU